AGACAACCAGUCAUCACUAUCCAUUUCCAAUCACUUCUAUCCGAUAAUUUCUCUGAAACAAUGACCGGAAAUACAAUCGCCGGCGACUCAUCAAACGACGAAAAACGCCGGCGCGUGAUCAUCUCCUCGCGUAUCCCCUCCCCGUCACCUAUCUUCGACGAUGCCUCGACCGCUGACGUCAUCCUCCGUCUCUACAUCGACAACUCCGAAGACGAUGCCGACAUCUCCGCCGGCGCCGAUCAAUCCGACGUGGUGCUCUACUUGCACUCGUCAGUCCUCUCCAAAUCGAAGUACUUUGAUGCUCUUCUAUCUGGCCGCUGGCAAAACGACACCGAUUCGGCGUCGAAAUUGAAAGUAAGUUUACGAGUCACUAAUGUUUUGAUUGAGGACUAUGUGAAUGUGAUCAAGCUGUUGUAUUGCGAUGAUUUUACUGAUGUGAUUUGCUCGGUUGCCAUUGCGAUUGCGAUACUUCCUGUUGCGCUUGAAUUGUUGUUUGAGGAUUGCGUGAAAGCGUGUGUGAGGUUUCUAGAGGCGGUCCCGUGGACUGAGGAUGAGGAGAGGAUGGUGAUCGCUUUAGUUCCGAUGUUGAAGCGCGAGGAAUGUGAGAAAUUGUUAGCUAGGGUUUUACCAGAGCAGGUGAAUUCGUCGGAGGAAAUGUUGUAUGAGUUGCUUGUGGUUGCGAUUCAUAAUCUGUCGAAUAUGGCGUUUGCAAAGGCUUUUGUGGCGAAGUUGUUGAGGGACUAUUCUUGUAAGGAAAGUGCGAGGAGAGUGUUGGACCGUGUGUUUUUGAAGACUUUGAAGGAGGUUAAGUACUCGUUGGAGGAGUAUUCGAGGCCGGAGUUUAGGGUGGAUAACAAUGAGACAGAAGCGAUUCAGAGGUUGCAUUUGCAUACCGCGAUGAAGAGUGGGAGGAAUUUGUUGUGGAUUAUUGAGAGGAUGGUUGAGUUAGGGGUUGCUGAUUUGGCAGUGGUCGAGUGGACAAAUCAGGAUUCGCUUACGACGGAUUUGCAGAGGGCGUUUAGGGAUGAAGCGUGGAGGAAUAUUGUGCCUGCACUCCCUGGUGUUGUGUUAAGAUGCACAUCUAAGUUGGCUAAUGUGGUUGUUAGCGGUUCUAUAUUGGUUGAUAGAAAGGUCAGGAUGAAGCUUGUUGAGGAUUGGCUUCCGGUGCUUAGAGUUUGCAAAGAAAAUGUCUCUCCUGGGAUUUCAAAUUACAAAUCACUCUACCUGGAGCUAGAAGAAACAUUCUUGAAAAUUACAUCUACACUACCUAUGGCUGAUUCACAGAUGUUGUUGAAGGAGUGUCUCAGUUUUUCAACUCGAAAUGUUGAUGACUGCCCACACUUGGUCACAGCUUUCAACACUUGGUUCCGUCGUGCAAACCAACCUCCACCUCCCACCCACCCAGCGGACAACAUUUUAUAAGCACAGCCCUACAGCUGAUUGUAAUCAACUGAUGGUGUUUGUCUUUGACAUGGCAAAGACUUCUUGUUGAAAUGUUUACUUUUCUGUAGAGAUAGUAUCCAGUAGCAAAAUGAUCCUCGUACUGUAGUUUGUAUAUACCGACAUCGAAGGCUUAGUGACUGUUUUCGUUUUCCGUAUCAGGAUUUAAAUGUCAGACUUUAUGGCAUAACAACUAUUUGCAUA